AUGCUGAACUGCGGGGCUCAGCUGUUGCGCCGCCGGGUGGCAGCCCUCUGGGGGGCCCAGGCUGCCGCCCUGAAAUCCUCACCUCUCAAGCCGGCCCCCCAAGCUGCUGCAAGGAACCCCGCACCUCCGCAUCCAUCGCUGAGCUUGGAUGACGGGAAGGUUUUCCGCCUCAAGAGCAACUGGGAAAUCACUCGGGGACUGCUGGUGUUCAUGCUCUGCUCCUCUCCGUGGCUGGUUCAGAAAGCACCCGUGUUCCUUUCCAUCUCCCGACGGGUUCUGGGCCGCCGACUGUGGGGUUCCGUGCUCCGUCUUACACUGUACGGACAGUUUGUGGCAGGCGAGACCCCCAAAGAGAUCAAGGACACGCUGCAAAGGCUCCAGGGUUUGGGGGUCCGCCCCCUCCUUGCAGUUCCUAUAGAGGAAGACGUGGGGCAGGCAAGGGAAGGGGAGGGGUGGUAUGACGAGAAUGCCCUCUCCAUGCUUGCCUGCCUGGAUCUGUCAGUGGGAGAAGCCACCAAUCCCAUGAUGCAACUGAAGGUGACAGCACUGAUGGCCGCUGAGCUCUGUAAGACUAUUACCCUGCGUUUGCAAGAGCAGGAGGGAAUGUCUGACCUGAGCAUAGAGAGACUGGUGACUGUCAUGAAAGGAGAGGACCUGAAUUUUCGCUGCCUGACCAAAGAAGAGAACCAACAUUUUCAAAAAUCAUUGAGACGGCUCAAUUCUGUAGCACAGUAUGCGGUGGAAAAAGAGGUCCGCGUUCUGGUGGAUGCAGAAUACACCUAUGUUAACCCUGCCCUGACACUAGUCACUGUGGCAAUGAUGGCUGCCUGGAACAAUCAACACCCGUGGAUCUGGAACACAUAUCAGGCAUAUCUCAAGGACACUCUGGAGCGGAUGAAUCAGGAUGUGGCCCUCACAGACCGCUUGGGUGUAUGUUUUGGAGUGAAACUGGUCAGGGGGGCUUAUCUGGAGAAGGAACGGAAGCUAGCAAGGGAAAAAGGGUACCCUGAUCCCGUCCAACCCAACUGGGAAGCUACCAAUGAAAGUUACCGCCGGUGUUUGGAUUUCUGCUUCGACCGAGUGUCCCAAUCCAAGGGAAGGUUUGAGCUGAUAGUGGCCACACACAACGAAGCCUCUGUGAUGCAUGCCGUGCAAAGGAUGGCAGAGAUGAGCGUCGACAAAGGUACUGGACCCGUCUGUUUCGGGCAGCUGCUGGGCAUGUGUGACCAGGUGUCCUUGGCGCUGGGCCAGGCAGGUUAUGCCAUCUACAAAUCCAUCCCCUAUGGCUCUGUGGAAGAGGUGAUCCCCUACCUGAUCCGUCGCGCUCACGAGAACCAGAGCGUCCUACUUGGCAUCCGGAAGGAGCGAGACCUGCUACGCUCGGAGCUGCGGAGACGGAUCCUGAGGAAGCCUUGAGGAUGACCUCAAAAUAUCCCAACUCCUUUUUUCCUGGACUCGCAGAAACUGGACACCGCGAUACAACA